AUUUAUUAGAGUGUCGAGUGUCUGAUGUGUGAUGUGUGGUGAUGUGCUAGUGCGACUACUCAGUGGUAGCUGCUAAAAUAUUAUUAUAUAUAAUAAUCUGAAUCUCUACCAAAGAUGAUAGUGGUGGUGGUGUUUGCUCUUGGUGGAUCUUUCUAUAACAAUUGUGUAUAUUAUAGACAACUAAUCCAAUAAAAUAAAAUAAUAUAAUAACAAUAAUUGGUUACUGAUUACUGAUGAAUGCUGCUACACAUAAAUUUAAAUUAUCAUAACCGGGAUAUAAAAAAUAUAAUAAUAAUAAAAUAACUUAAAUUUCAUCAUCUCGUUAUUAUUUUAAGUAGCAACGAUUUGUUUGGAUUUAUGGUGUCAAGUCACAUUGGCGAUGAAAAUAGUAACAACUGUAGACUUGACAUAAAACGGUGGUAAUGAUAAAGAACUUGAUCAAUCAAAUUAUGGACGGGGGUCCAGUACCACCGUAGUUUUUAAUUAAACAAAAAACAAUAAAUGUUUGCCAUGAUAUUAACAACGACUACAACCAGCUCAAAUAGAACUAACACAAGUCAUUCACCUCCAGUAUCAUCAUCAUCAUCAUCAUCAGUAGCAGCAGUAGCAGCAGCAGCAGCAAAUAUGUCAAUGAUUGAAGAAGAUCCAGUAAAUACAACAACAACAGGUACAGGAACAACAACAACAACAACAACAACAACAACAACAACAGGAACAGUUACUACUGAUGAACCAUUUCCACCUCAUGUUGAUGCAACAAACAUUGUAAUCAAUCCAGAAUCACCUUCUAGUAAAAAACAAACUCUUAAAUCAUUUAAUGAAGUAAAUACAUUGAUACAAAGUAAUAGAAAACGUGAAGUUAAAAUAAUUUUACGUGAAAAUGCUUGGCCAUUAAAUAAUGGAAUAAGAGCACAUUUAUGGCCGGCACUUUGUCAGCAACAUACAUCAGCUAAAAAUAUAUUUACAAAAGCUGAGGAUGGUUUUUAUUGGGCCAUGGUUACCUCAUUAUUUGGUACUGUUGGUAAGAAUGAUAAAGAUAGUAAGAAAAGUCCUAUAAAAGGUUUAGAGGGAAAGGGUAUUACUUUUCCCUCUAAAGCCACUCCUUCACAAAUUGUUGAAUUAAUUGAUGAAAAAUUAUCAGAAAAGUCAAUAGUAUUGCCGUCAUUUGUUGACAGCAGUCAUUGUCUAUCGUACAAUUUAACUGGAAAGGGUAGAAAUAUUGCUGAUCGUGUAGUAUCUGUAUUAGGAUUUUCAUGCCCAGAUAUAACAUACAGUCCAACACUUUAUCCAUUUACGGCAUUACUUUUACAUUUUAUGACUGAGGAAGACUGUUAUCACUGUAUGGCAAGUUUAGUUGCUUGCAAAGAUAAAGUAUUUGUAACACAAACAAAAUUAUUGUUUGAAGUUACGUGGAAAACUGUCGAACAAAUAGCUAAAAAAUAUGUCAAAUCAGCAGCUGCGCAUUUAUCACGACACAGUGGUAUGAGAGGUGAUAGAAUUUAUUCUGAUUGGAUUUGGUGGAUUCUUCAAUUACUUCCAUUUCAACAUAUUGUCAGGGUAAUGGAUUGUUUUUUACACGAGGGUUCAAAGGUAUUUUAUCGCAUUGCAAUGGCAAUAUUGUUAUUAUUUUAUAAACAUUCAUCGUCACAGUCAUCGGAAUGGAUGCAAGAAAUAGUUAAACAUGGAUUAGAUACAGCAUUAUCAAAAUUUUGCCGCCAAAUACCGGUAAGCCCGGCAAAAUUAUUAAGAAUAGCAUUUGGAAUUCGCGGACUAACAUCGGCUUACAUAUCAAAAGUAUUUUUACGUACAGAAUUAACAUUAAAAAGCAGGACUGUAUUAACAGGCUCGCGAUCACUUGCACGAUCUCGAUCAUCGGACAAUUUACCAACAAGUCAAUCUCAAGUCAACAUACAGAUGAUGUCACACACACUUACUAUACGAGAGAAAGAGUGUGAAGAAACAUUCAAAGACAGGGGUUCACAUAGUCCGGAACCGCGGUCUUAUGCAAUGGGAGCUUAUCCCAUACAGGGAAUUAAAUCACUAGUCGUUGAGGAAGAUGAAAAUCUGUUUACGUUGUGGUCGUGGUUACCAGUCAGGAUAACAAUGUACCAGCCUACUUUACUAUAUACUACUGAAGAACACGGAUGUUCAUUAACGACAUUCUAUUUACGAGUUGAACAACAUGAGCCAACUUUAUUAAUGAUUAAAACCUGUAACAAUGAGGUAUUUGGUGCGUAUUGUUCAACGAGAUGGUGUGAGCGUAAUAUGAAAGAUGACAAAGGACAUAGACAAGCAUAUUUUGGUACUGGAGAAACAUUUUUAUUCAGUUUAUAUCCAGAACGUGCUAAAUAUCCAUGGGUUGGUAUGGAUUCAACGCACAAUGAUAUAAAAGUUCAUCAUUCAGCAGAAUUAUUUAUGGCUGCUGAUUCUAAAAUGAUAACAAUUGGCGGCGGUGACGGUCAAGCUAUUUGGAUGGAUGAAAAUAUAAGAUAUGGAAAAACUGAUCACUGUUCGACAUUCAACAAUCCGCCUCUCUGUGCCAGCGGUGAUUUUGAAAUAAGAGUAUUGGAAGUAUAUGGUUUUUCCGGAGCUUAAUAUAUAUCUAUCUACAUAUAUAUAUCCUUUAAUUUAAAAAAAAAGAAAUUAAUAAGAAAAAAAUCUACUGCCAUUAAAUAUUCUCUCUAUAUUUGUGUCGAUUAGCUGAAAGUUUUAAAUUAAAUUUCGUGUGUCAUCGAUGUUAAAUUAUAUAUAUAUAUACAUAUAUAUAAUCUGCUUAAACAAUAGUAUUAUUAGACUUGAAUUGCCAAUUAGUCAGCUGUUAAAAUUUAAAAAAGAAUAUAAAAAUAAUAAUUAUUAUGACUGUACAAUUUAAAAAAAAAAAAAAAGAAAAAAAAGAAAAGAAAAGAAAAGAAAACAUAAUGACUCUAGUUAAUCGUUAACGCUUCAAUUGCAUUAUAUAGAUUUUUUUUUCUUCUUAGUUUAUAUAUAUAUAUAUAUCUAUAUAAAUAUAAAUAUAUGUACAUAUAUUAGUCACUAAACAGGAUAAUAAUUUUGCUUCUGUUAUAAACAAUAGGCGUAAGUUUGCGUUGGGAACAAUUGAGCGCGUAUUUAUUAUUUAUGAGAUAAAAUAAAAUGAAGAAGCAAUUGAGUGAGACAAUUAUUAUUAUUAUUAUUUAAUUAAUUAAUUAAUUUAUAUAUAGACUUAACAAUUAAUAAUAAAUAUGACUGCGCCUAGUCGAUUAUUGUCUAUCGAGUAAGGCUCUCUUUAUUGCAGAAAAAAAAAAAGAAA